AAUGACCCAAUCCUUGAAGAGAUACCCGAGCCAAAUAAUCAGGAAGAGCCACAAAUUGAACUGCCCAUUGAACCAAUUAGGACAUCAACACCAGCUCCUACAACACUCACUCAUACAGAUUCAAAGGCAGGCUGCAGCCACUGGACAAAUGAUCAGUCUAAUUCAUUAACUAGUCAAAUUAAUCAAGAUGCAGAGAACAAUACUUUGAGUAAAUUCAGCACAGCAGAACUGGUUGAUGAACUGCAAAGAAGAGCCCCUUCAGGUAUGAAGUACACCAUCACUUUGGAGUUAAAACCUACUGAAACCACUCUGGAGGAGGUGCUCCAUGCCCGCGGUCGAAGUGCUACCCCAGUUAUGAAACGUAGAAGAGUAAUACCUAUGAAAGGACAGGUUAUUACCAAUGAAGAGUGCUUAAAAGAGAUCAAGAGUAAAGAGGAGAAUAAAAUGCAAACAGCUAAGCAAAACAAAAAGGCAAAGCAGCCCCCAAAGAAAAAGAAUGUUGAAGUUUCAGACACAGAUUCCACACUG